AUGCAUGUAUCGGCCCUCAGUGGCACGGAUACGAUAACUUGGGGAGGAGACAAUACCCGUGCAGGGUAUCAAGCGAACCACAAUAUGGACCCUAAAGUUGUCGGUAGUGCUGAUUUUGGCCAGAUAUUCAGGACUCUAUUACCUGGAAACUUCAACGGUCUUGCCGCAGAACAGAUCUUUUCGCAGCCCCUUGUAUAUACCGGAGCCGACAGAGUACAAUACGUAUACGUUGCGACAACACAGAAUAAUAUCUACAAACUAGACGCGAAGACGGGUGCGAUAGUCAAGUCAAGGAAUUUGCACGUUCCCUUUCUUCAAGCUGAACUAGAAAGUUGUGUCGACAUUAACCCUCUUAUCGGUGUAACUGCGACUGGAGUAAUCGACCCAGAUACAGGAAUUUGGUAUCUCACGGCAAAGACCUACGCAGAUCAGUUUCAAGAUGGCAAAUUCGGUCCUCAGAAUCCCCCGGGAAGACUUAAUGGUCGGUACUGGCAGCACGCCAUUCAUACCGAGGACUUGUCGGAAGCUCAGAACUGGCCGGUUCUAGUGGACGGAACCAUUUUCCGCAACAAUCCGAAUCGAAUGUUUAUCGGCGGCAAUCAGCACUCCCGCCCCGGCGCGCUGCUAGUAGGCAAUUAUGUAUUUACAGGAUAUGCCUCUCAUUGUGUGCAGUACAAUUACACUGGCGCCAUCAUAGGAUUUCACAAGGCUACUGGAAAGAUUGUCGAGGCAUUUGCAAUGCAAGGCGGUCCUGAGGCGAAUACGGUCAGAGGAGGCGGGAUUUGGAUGAGUGGCGGUGGUCUUGCUUAUGAUGGCAAAGGGAGCAUGUACUUUGUGACAGGCAACGGGUACGCUUCCCAGCUGAAAGCUACGGGGAAUUCAGUCCUUGGACGCUUCCCUCCGACAUCGUUGGAAGAGGCUGCUGUUAAUGCCAAGAUUAACGACGAUGGUACUCUGACGAUCGUAGACUUCUUUAUGCCGUGGGAGAAAACUCAGCUAGAUGGUGCAGAUAAGGACCUGGGAUCCAGUCCUCUGGAAAUUCUCCCAUCCGAUGUAUUCUCUUGUCCGAAUCAUCGCCGAAUUGGAGUCGUCACUGGAAAAUCAGGAAAAACAUAUUGGCUAGAUCUCGACAAUAUGGGCGGUUAUCAAAACGGUCCAAACAAAUUGGAUGCGAUCAUUGGGACGUUCCAAAACGAAAACUCCGUGUAUGCGGGAGCUGCAGUCUUGCCCCUGGGCGGCGGCUAUGUGUAUAUCAGUGUUACGCAGUAUCAAACUCAUGUCUUCAAAUUCUCCUGCGAUAUGUCUGGAAAGGCUCUCUUCACGAAAGUUUCGGACUCGCCGGACAAGAACGCAAACAUUCUCGGGACAGGUCACGGGACCACAACGUCCCUAAACGGCCAGGAAGGAACGGGCCUGCUUUGGGUUUCAGAUGUUCAAGGCUCUAACCUCCGCAUCUAUGAUCCAAUUCCCCCAUCAAGUGGCCCUCUGAAGCUGCUCAAUUCCUUUGUUAUUCCGGGAGUUACCAAGUUCACACGACCCGUCUUUGGAAAUGGGAGGGCCUACAUUGGCACUACUCAAGGAUAUCUAUAUGGUUUUGGUUCUCCCGCCAACCUUCCGCUCAAUUGCUCAUCUCCAUACACUUUCGGAUCGGUAGAAGUGGGUAAUGCGUCUGCACCAGUCACAGUUGGUUGUAUUGCGCUCACAGCUACCUCGGUGACGCUAGUCGAAGUCUCGGGCACGAAGGAUUUUAAUAUCUCGAAUGUCCCUACCCUACCAAUGAGCCUGAAGGCCGAGCAGUCUUUUACAUUUUCUGCUAUAUUCAGUCCUUCACACGUCGGAUCCUUAUCUACGGAUGUCACUAUCCAUGCGGUCAGUGCAACCCCGGGGUAUUCAUCAAGUGUCCCUGUAGUUUUAAAAGGAACCGGUGACUCUAUGAAGCCAAUACUCGCAAUCGUCCCAAACAUCAAUUCAUUCAAUAUCAUUUUCGGACAGCCUAGCCCAACGCAGUCAUCUCUCCUCUGGAAUUUGGGCAAUAGUCUCCUAACUUUUACCAACAUCAGUUUCUCACUUACUUCAGAACAGGGUCCUUGGGUGACUCCGAAUUCGACUGAUGAUGGGAAUCUGCAGGUUGGGCAAUUCGAGUUUCUCUCUGUUCGGACGACAAUCCAGCCGAAGUCCUCAGAACCUAUCAGUAUAACAUACAAACCAAAUGCCCCGGGUAACCAUGCCGUCUAUAUAAGAGGCUUUUCGGACGGAGGUACUGCUGUCUUGGAUGUGUUUGGUGCUGCGGGGACAUACCCGAAGGCCGUCAUUGGGUUCCAAACUAUAGAUGGGUCAGCAUGGGUGUCAUACUCCAACACUACCCCUUUCAACUUUGGCACAGUAUACGAGGCGCAGUCGAGAAGCCUUCAGAUGCGUAUCACCAACGGCGGUGGGCCGAAUGCAGUGCCAUUGUCAGUCACAGUGUCCAAGCCACCAUAUGGCAUUCCUGGUAUCAUUGGAGCAGCCAAUAACAUCGACCUUGCAGAAGGGACCAUUAUACUUGCGAACCAAAGCCAGACUGCAGUCUUGUACUGUGCUGUACCCAAAUCCCAGGUCAAUUUGCCAUUCUACAAUGGGUCAGCCGUCUGGGUACUAAACACAGGCGAUCCGAAUCUUGGAAAGCAGGAGGUUGGAUUCUUCUGUCAGGCAGCUGCUGAGCAAGUCGGUCCUCUAUUUCCAAAUGGCACCGCGAGAUAUGGGUACGUUGGCUGCUUCAAGGAAAACAAUCCCGGGCGACAGCUUGGAACCAAUGUGUAUUCAGAUACCGCAAACAACACCAACGACCGCUGCAUUGCUGCAUGUUUCCAACAAGGCUACGUUUUUGCCGGAACCCAGUACUCCCAAGAAUGCUGGUGCGGCCAGGCACUCCCCGUUCAACGAGACAACGAGCGGGACUGCAACUUUGGCUGCACAGGAAACCGCAACCAAAUCUGCGGAGGCGACGGACACCUCCACGACACAGCACAUAUCUCACUCUUCGCAGACUUGACAAAGUUCAACGGCAAUACGACUUCGCCUCCUCUUCAGAUCACACCCAGUGUGGGUGCGUACAAUUUCAUCGGCUGUUUUGCGGAGUCGGCUGGGAGGGCGCUGGGUGAUAAUUCGACGACAAGUAACGUUAUGACUGUUGAGGUUUGUGCGGCGUUUUGUUCGGCCUACACGUACUUUGGGUUGGAGUUUAGUGCGGAGUGUUAUUGUGGGGCGAAGUUGAAUCCAGCGGCUACGAUUACGAAUUCGUCUCAGUGCAAUAUGCCGUGUAAAGGCAGUAAUAGCGAGUUCUGUGGUGCAGGGAAUAGGAUGCAGAUUUAUCAAGUCAAUGGGGUGUCGCCGAUUUCGAGUAGCUCCAGCACAUCUAGCACCUUGCCAAAUAUUUCCAUCUCUUCAACGACAUCAAACAUGCCUAACUCGUCACUCUCCACACCAUCGACAUCCGUCUCACCAGGCUCAUUUCCGCUCACUUCAACAACAUCUGACUCUGUACCCACAUCAUCGGCAACUGGCCCAGUGGUUGUUCCAUCGGCUGGUGAAUACAACUAUAUUGGGUGUUACAACGAGAUUUCAGGAGGGGCGUUCUCAGCUAAGUCCAUCGCAAUCAGCACGAUGACCGUCAAAGUCUGCGCGACUUAUUGCUCUGGAUACAUGUAUUUCGGCGUGGAGAACGGACAGGAAUGCUACUGUGGCAAUGCAAUUCCGGUCAUGUCUUUGCCGGUUACAGAUAACCAGUGUAACAUACCGUGCGCAGAUCAUGUGUUAGAAAUUUGUGGUGGCUCGAAUAGAUUAGGCGUUUAUCAGUUGGCGUCGACCCCACUUCCAGCGACAACGGCCCUCAACGUUACCACAUCCCCCCCACCAUCCUCCUCUUUCUCGACCCCUACCUCCUCCCUUUUCUCCCUUCCACUCUCCGGCAUCCAAACAGUAGGCUCCUACAUCUAUCAAGGCUGCUGGACCGAAGGCCCCAACGGCGUCCGUGCCCUCUCCGGCAUUCCCGCCCUCGUGAACACCACUUCCAUGACACCCUCCCUCUGCGCACAAUACUGUUACCAAUUUUCCUAUUUCGGUCUUGAAUACAGCCAAGAAUGUUUCUGUGGCCCCUACCCCUCCGUCAACUCCACUCGCGCUCCCAAAGAUUCUGACUGCAACAUGCGCUGCACAGGCGACAAGUCCUUACUCUGCGGCGCGGGGAACAGGCUUUCUUUGUACAAGAGCAACGACCCGUCCAAGGUCUCCACGGACCCAGGCAUCCCUGCGAAUGGAGGCGUAGGGAACUAUUCGUAUCAAGCUUGCAUGAGGGAUUUGGCGAAUCCGCGGCUUUUACCUGUUUUGCUAGCGAGUGAUGAUAUGUCGGUGGAAGCGUGUUUGGCGGUGGCGGAAGCGGGCAGGUAUGCGUAUGCGGGAUUGGAGUUUGGGAGGGAGUGUUGGCUGGGGAAUGUGCUUCAAGGGAUGGGAACGGUAGGAAGUAGUGGUGGUAGCGAUGGGACGAAUGGAGUGGCGGUGAGUGAGGCUGAGUGUAGACAAAGUUGCUUGGGUGCAAGAGGGGAGCUCUGUGGUGGUCCGUCGAGACUGAAUUUAUGGGUUAGGAAUCCGGUCGGUGAGUUGCCUAACAUUAAGGUUCAUGUGGGUGACAAAGACGAUUCCUAGAGGACUGGGACGACCAUGACGACCAUGAAGAGAGUAGGAACGGUGAGCGUGAGUCCAAGUCCGAGAGGGGGAAACAUAGUGAAGAGUCCUUGGGCCGGUGGAAGUGAGUAGGCACUUCUUCUCCGUUUAAGCCUCGUCCCCAAAUCCCCUUUUCCUGCUAAGGCACCCAUCCUUCCAUUCAAUCUCUUCUCGGAGUAGUGGGAUUCCUUCCUUUCCUUCGCUUUUAAAUCCUUAUGCUCGUUUUCGAUUUCCGCCCUAUUGCACGAGAUUUUGGAUGACAGUCUCUGGCCGAUCUUUUUUGGAGGAGAGGGCAAGUCCGAGUUAAUAUUUAAUCUUAGUGGACUAGUAUUGC